AUGGAAGCCGCAAAGACCAAGGCCCAGUCGCUCAUCGACGAGAACGCCGUCAUGGUGUUCUCCAAGAGCUACUGCCCCUACUGCCGCGCCAGCAAGAAGACCCUGCAGAGCGCCGGCGCCCAGUUCAAGGUGUACGAGCUGAACGAGGAGAGCGACGGCAGCGCCAUCCAGGACGCCCUCGAGGAGCUCUCGGGCCAGCGCACUGUGCCCAACAUCUUCUUCGGUAAGAAGCACAUCGGCGGCAACUCGGACCUGGACGCGCUCGGCUCCGGCCUCAAGACGAAGCUGCAGGAGGUUGGCGCUCUUGCGUAA